AUGGACGGAUCCCACGGCGACUGCUUCACCGGUGGUCACUACGCCGACGAAGAGGUGUUCGGCGUCCAUGAUGCCGCCAUGCAAGACGCCCCUCAAGAUCCGCCGUUGACGAACGACGGCGCCGGCAGCAGCAGCUUCCUAAACCCGCGUCUGGCCUCUCUGGACAUCAACUACGGCUCGGACUGGACUCCGAUGGGAUUAGGUAGUUGGGAUCCGGCGCGACUCCGCGUGUUUAUUGAUGUGUACCACGCUCAAAUUAAAAAUGGCAACUUCAACAAGGGAGUCAUGAGCGUUGCUGGGUGGAGAGACAUCAAACAUAGGUACUUCUUGGCUACUGGGUUAGUUCACGAGAAGGACCAGUUUACUAGUAAGCUACAAGAUCUGAAGGCUGAGUGGAGGAUAUGCAAGGCUCUGCGCAAGGCUUCUGGCCUGGGAGGUAGUGGCAACACAAUUGAAGCUGAUGAUGCUUGGUGGGAGAGGGAGAUGAAGGGGAAGAAGGCAUUGAUGAAGAUAAGGGAUCAAGGAAUGCCGGACUACAUUGGUCAGCUUGAUGACAUAUUUGAAGGAUGGACAGUUGAUGGCUCAACUGCAUACAGGCCUGGUACUGGUGCUGAGACUGGUGCCAUCCCUUUAGAUGAUUCUGAUGACGAGGCGCAGCAUGAUGGACAACAAGAUGUUCCAGCACCUGAAAGCCAAGGGUAUGGCACACCUGGAAGCCAAGGCUAUGGAACACCUGGAAGCCAAGGAAGAAAGAGGCCUUCUAGCAGCAGUCCUUCUGUCUCCAGCCCUAGCAAGAAGACUAAGAGCUCCACUGCUAGGUCGUGGGAGACCCAUCAGCGUGAAGCCAAUGACAUUGAGAGGCAGAAGGUUAACUUGUUUGGUUCCAUCCUGGAGAUGCAACACAAGAGAAAUGAGCGACACCAGCAUAAACGUGUUUCUUUGACAAAGGAAGAGAAGGUCGAGAAGGCGUAUGACAUUGCACUGGGUAUGGGAAUAUCUACACAUACCAAGACGUCCUUCCUUGCCAUGAGGAAGAUCUGCCACAGUGAGGUUGAACUGGCCAUCUUCCUUUCUUGCAAGGACGAUGAGGCCAGGUGGAUCAUCAUCAACGAAAACCUCCCGGUGGAUGACUAG